UCUAAGAAGCAUUAAUUGCGAGCUAAUCGUGCCGAUGUUUGCUCCAUUUUGCUGAGGCUGUUAUAUAAACUAGUGAAGUGUAAGUCUUUCAGAACAUCUAGCAAAUCACGAAGUUGCAAACUUGUGAAAUGGCUACUCCUUACCAACCUCUGUUACCAGAGACACCAAAACAAAAUCCCAUAAUCAGCUGCAAGAUCCUCACUUUUGUCAUUACGUUCGUUGUUGCUCUCUUCUCAGUUGUUUUUCUUGUUGCUCCUUAUCAAUUUGAGGUUAAGCAGUCUAAUCUAUUAUCUUUACAACUAUGUGAGGCUGCACAAGAUUCACAACUCUGCCUCAGUUAUGUCUCUGAAUUAGUAUCCAAUGGAAUUGUUACAUCCGAUUCAGAUGGAGUUGCUGUUCUGCAAAAAUUCCUAGUAAAAUAUGUCCAUCACAUGAACAGUGCAAUUCCAGUGGUUCACAAGAUCAGAAACCAGAUCAAUGACAUUAGUCAACAGGGGGCUUUAACUGACUGUCUAGAGCUCCUUGACCUGUCAAAUGAUUUAAUGACAGACUCAAUUGCAGCACUUGGUAAAACAAGAAGCCGUUUGGCACAUGCCAAUGCACAAAUCUGGCUUAGUGGGAUGCUUACUAACCACGUCACCUGUUUAGAUGGACUUAAUUCCCUAAGUAACACAACUUCAAUUGGACCAAUUCUUGAAGAGUUAAUCUCAAGAGCCAAAACUGCUUUGGCAAUUCUUGCUUCUGUUACAACUCCAAAUGAGGAAGUUUUCAGGCCGCUUUCAGGGAGAAUGCCAUCAUGGGUAAAUUCCAGGGACAGGAAGCUAUUGGAGAGUUCAGCCAAGGACAUUAAAGCUAAUGCAGUGGUAGCACAAGAUGGAUCAGGGGAUUAUCAAACACUUACUGAAGCAGUUGCUGCAGCACCAGAUAAGAGCAAGACUCGGUACGUGAUCUAUGUCAAAAAGGGAACCUACAAAGAGAAUGUGGAGGUGACUAAGAAGAAAAUGAACUUGAUGAUUGUUGGUGAUGGCAUGAAUUCUACCAUUAUCACUGGUAGCCUUAAUGUUGUGGAUGGAUCAACCACCUUCCGCUCUGCCACUCUUGCUGCAGUUGGCCAAGGAUUUAUACUACAAGACAUCUGUAUACAAAAUACAGCAGGACCAGAGAAACACCAAGCAGUGGCACUUCGAGUGGGAGCUGAUAUGUCUGUCAUAAAUCGUUGCCGUAUUGAUGCUUAUCAAGAUACCCUUUACGCACAUUCUCUAAGGCAAUUCUAUAGAGACUGCUACGUAACAGGUACUGUCGACUUCAUAUUUGGUAAUGCAGCCGUUGUAAUCCAGAAAUGCCAACUAGUACCUAGAAAACCCGGUAAAAACCAGAAAAACAUGGUGACUGCACAAGGCCGUACAGAUCCAAAUCAGGCCACGGGAACUUCCAUUCAAUUCUGUGACAUAAUAGCAAGUCCAGACCUUGAACCAGUCAAGAGUGAAUACAAAACAUAUCUUGGUAGGCCAUGGAAGGAAUAUUCAAGAACUGUAGUCAUGGAAUCUUACCUAGGUGAUCUCAUAGAUCCAGCUGGUUGGUCUGAGUGGAGUGGAGAUUUUGCCUUGAAGACAUUAUACUAUGGGGAGUACAUGAACAAUGGACCUGGUGCAGGUACUAGCAAGAGGGUGAAGUGGCCGGGUUAUCAUGUCAUAACUGAUGCUGCUGAGGCUAGGCCGUUUACGGUGGCUGAGCUGAUUCAAGGCGGCUCGUGGUUGAGUUCAACUGGCGUGACUUUUGUUGAAGGAUUGGAUGAGUAGGGAGUUAUUAUUUGGCUUUAAUUAGAGUGUCGUAUACGUCUUUAUUUUAACCUACGUUGAGAACUAGGUAUAUAUAUUAUCCGAACAAGCUUUGUAUCUGUGAUGAACUCAAAAUAAGUACUCCACUAUAUUUAUUGUCCCAUAAGAUAUGUCGUAAUAGUAUUUGGUAGUGCCAGAUGCAUGCUGCAGCAAGCCAACCAAACAAACAUCUUAUGGGGAGGACGUUUAUCUCGGAUAGAUUUGAAGUUUCUAUAUGAAUUCAAUAAAGCCUUUAGUUUGAACUUUUAUCUUA